CCUUCUUCCUUCUACGGCGGCUUCUUCUUCUUCUUUUUUUUCUAUAGAAAUUGAUAGAUACACAUAUGCAGAUAUACUAUAACAAUGUCUUGUUCAGUUAAACCUGUUUACAAGUCCUUAUUAUCAUCUGCUCCAAAUGGUUGCCUAUUUUCCCUUCCAGCAAUCUUUACCACCACCAAAACCUCUUUCUACCAAGAUCUCUCCAAACCCAUCAAAAUCCACCUCUCUUUAUCUCACUCUAAACUACCAUUUCCGUUCUUUUCCACAAAUUCUUCUCGUACCCAUUCUUCUACCACAGUCUCCGCCUCAGAAGAUAAAGAAUUGGGAGUGAGGCUUUAUGUGGGGAACUUGGAGUAUGGUGUUGAUAGCGAGAAAUUAGCUCAGCUGUUUCAGCAGGCGGGUGUUGUUGAGGUUGCUGAGGUUAAGUACUAUAGGGAGACUGGUGAGAGUCGCGGGUUCGGAUUUAUCAACAUGAGCACUGCUGAAGAAGCUGAUAUGGCUAUCAAAAUGUUCCAUCACUUUGAUUUAAAUGGAAGGCCCUUGGUAGUGCACAAGGCUAUUCCAAGAGGAUCAUCGCUGCUUCAACUUGGUCUUAUUCACAGAGUUUUCGUCGCCAAUUUGCCAUUUGAUGUGGAUGAUGAGCGCCUUGAACAGCUUUUCAGCGAACAUGGUAAGGUGGUGGAUGCUCGGAUAGUGUAUGAAAGGAACACUCGCCAGUCAAGAGGGAUCGGAUUUGUAGCAAUGUCAACAGAGGCUGAAAUGAAUGAUGCAGUUGCCAACCUUAAUGGAAAGGCAGCUGCCCCCAAGGAGGGAGAAAAGCAACCACAAAGGAGGCCUAAACUCACGAACAAACAUUCGGGACCUCACACAAACAAGACUCAUCUUCAACCUCGAAAAGCCAUCAAGACGACGUAGAAAACCCACAAAGAGCAAGAGAAAGUCUCACGCAGGGGAAGAAAACCAACAAAAAAAAUACUAGCAAACAAUAACUAAAAGCAAACCUAAAAGCAAACAACAAAUCCACACCCCAAAGUCCAGCUGAUGAUGCCAUCACGCUGCCACAAGGGCGGCUAAGACACAACAAAGACCAUGGAACGGAACCUUGAUCACCACAACAGCCACACCCCACCGUACAACACCACCAACUGCUAACUCCAUCUCAAGAAACUAUGCCCUUGUCAGGGUCCAAACCUAUGCAACACCCAGAACGAAAAGAAAGGGGCCGGCCUAAUAACAUCGAUGGAACUGCAGGACGGUUGGAAAAAAGAGCACACGGUGAGGAAGAUCGGACAAAGGAGCACACUGGCGGACUGCUUUGGCGACGAUCGGCUCCAUCGACGUCAGAGCUCACCGAAAAUAGGGCGGAUAGAUCUGAGAGAGCGGGGGGGGGGGGGGGGGGGGGGGGGGGGUGGGGUUUGUUGAAACUGAAAGCGCCAAUUUUGCUGGGUUUCAGCAGAGUGAGAGAAGUACUGGACCAUCUCCAGUCAGCAGCAAGCUCCCAAAGCCACGUCAGGUCAGUUCAUGGUCGGUAUAUACGGUCGGUCCCUAUAGCAAAAGGGAAAUGAUAGGAUACAUGAAACACUUCAUGAAAGAAUCCUAGUUUCAUGGGUUUUUUUUUUCUUUUUUUUUGAUGUAUUGUACCUGGCCCCACUAAGGAGAAGGGCAGAGAAAAGAAUUUGGGCAUACAUAGGAUUUUGCAGCUUUGGUUUAUACUGCCAUUUUGAUGACAAUGACUUCGUCAAUCGGCAUUGUUUCUGCCUUUUCAAAGACAUCCAUUGGUUCUUCUGUGGUUAAAAACCUGGUGAACCGGGCAUACUACUUUCCAACCUCUUGUAGAUCUUACUUCUCUUACUUUUAUUUCUA